AAUAAUAUUAGCCAAAUAGUGUUAUGUGAAAUUUCCGCUUUAUUUAGUGCCGGCCAUAAAAGAAAAAUAUAUGUGUCGGCACUUGCGGCUAUACAUUAUCACUAAACAGUUCGCCAAAAAUUCGUUAUACAUUGCUAGUUUUUAUUGUGGUAAUUAAAAGCUUUCACACUAACCACGCAAUGUUCGUGCAUUCGCGUCGACAUAUGUCCCGAGUACGGCUAUAGUAUGUUACCGGCCGGCACGUAAUUUUUUCAAUGGAAUUUUUUUUACCUACUGUACCAUAGAUAGAAUUUAUCACCAAUUAACACUACCAAGGCUCCAAGAAAAUUAAUAAAAAAGAAAAAAAAUAUUGAUAUCUUUUCUGAUAUGAGUUUCUGAUCUCUCAGUCAAGAUGUCAUAACAUAUCUACACACCCAGCGGCUAUAUUCACAACAAAUAAAAGCCCAAAUUCCACGUAAGAUUACCUACAAAAAAAUAACAAUAUAGAAACAAAUCGAGCGCUAAAUAUAGAAACAUUUCUGAAAUAGAUUUUUAUGUAAAACAUUUAUGUCACAAAGUAAAUAUGUCGUGGUGUGAUCCAAACGGAGAAAAACCAUUUAUUAACAUCGAUGGAGUAAUUGCAGGAAUUGUGGCCACUUGUGUCACGCAUCCAUUGGAUGUGCUCAAACUCCGUCUUCAAGUCGCGCCGUGCCCCUGCACCACGCGCCAAAUGGCUACUCAAAUUAAGAUAUGCGAGGGUUUGCGCGGAUUCUACUGUGGGCUAAGUUCUGGCCUCCUGAGACAGGUCACUUAUACAGCCACCAGGCUGUCCAUAUUUGAUAUGCUGUGUCGUAAAUAUGUUAGGGAAAAUUACAAGCGGCCAACAGGCAGAGACAAAAUGUGGCUGGGUAUAUACGCCGGCCUGUGUGGCGGGUUUGUGGGCAACCCUAGCGAGGUGGUGCUGGUGAGGCGGGUCAUCGAGGGGUGCCAGCCCCCGCCCUCACGGUGCUACUGCUGUCGGUGUCCAUGUACUUAUUAUGGGACACUUGAUGCACUUCGGAAAAUUGUAUGCGCAGACGGAUUUGUUGGGCUGUUUCGUGGAACCACGCUUACGCUAUUAAGAUCUAUGGUGCUUAGCUCUGUCUAUGUUGGGACCUGCCGACCGAUGAAGGAUUUCGUGAAACAGCAAACAGGAGUGAGGGACCCGUUUACCCUGUGUGUGUCCUCAGCGGUAGCAAUGAGCUUCGUCGCGUCCAUCUUGACAAGCCCCAUAGAUGUCGUCAAAACAUUUCAUCAAGCACCAAGAUGGGAUUGUUAUAAACAGAGGGAGAUUUUACAAUGUCUAAUCCGUUACAGAGGAUUUUCCUCACUUUGGAGAGGAUUCGCGCCAUAUUUUACAAGAAUGGCGAUUCACACCAUAGUGACGUUUAUGGUUUUGGAGAGUCUGACAAAGGACGUAAUCAAAUAGUCUGGUUAUAAAUUGUAUCUGGUUUGAGAUUUUUAAAAAAUAAGAGAAGGCCGCACUUGCCGGUAAGAUAGAUUAUUAAAAAAAUUAAAAUGUGAUUUAAAAAAUGGAAUUAAAAAGCAAUGUCUGAAUUUAAUCAAAUAAAUUUGUUAUUUUUAAAUCGUUGUAUUGUUGUGCCUAACUAUAACCAUGUGAUGUUGAGCAAUUAUAUGGGUCAUUGUCCA